GGGAUCGAAUUACAGAAAUAGCUUUUCACAAUUUUCUUUUCUCUGAAGAGGGACGGGAAGGCCUGCCUUUAGGGUUUACAGUUUUUCACAUUUGAAGAUUGAUUCUCUCUGUUUACGGAAUUCGAAACGAUUGGCGAAAUCUUUGGAAAUUGCAACUCUCAAACCACUAAGGGUUCAUAAUUGGUGUUAGUAUCAAAUAAGCUGCUCUCCGUUGAACGAGGAUUACUGGUACUUGCCUAUUCUGUGCAUUUUGGACAUGGGCAAAAUCAGUGAGUUAUCCGAGGAAUUGCUGGUGAAGAUAGUAUCGUAUCUUCCAACCAAGGAAGUAGUAUCCACUAGCGUUUUGUCAAAGCAAUGGCAGUUUCUUUGGAUGUGGGCGCCUAAACUCGACUAUCACAUUGAUGAUUUCAAGUCAGAGCCUGCGUUUCGGGAAUACAUUAACAAGAAUCUGCCAUUACGUAGAUCUCCAGUCAUAGAAAGGUUUAGUGUCCGGUUUAGCCGCUCUGAGUCAGUUCAACCUGAUGAUAUCAAACUGUGGGCUGGAAUUGCAAUUUCUAGCCGAGUGCGUGACCUGAGUUAUCGACGGUUGGUGCCAGCAUGAUGUAUUUCUGCCGAGUAGUUUGUACACCUGCAAACCUCUCGUGGCUCUACUACUUUCUUGCGGAAAAGUUCUUGUGGAUGUUCCUGAAAUGGUUUCUCUCCCUUCGUUGAAGACUUUGAAGCUUGCAUGUGUGACUUACUUAAACGAUGAUUCUCUUCGACGGCUUCUGCCCUGUUGCCCUGUUUUGGAAGAUCUGGCUAUUCAGCGAUAUCAUGAUGACAACGUGAUAACGUUAGUUGUUACUGCCCCGUCGUUGCAGCGUUUAUCCUUGGAGAUCGGUGGUGGAUGUCCUCCUGGUGACUAUGAGAUACUUACUCCUUCCUUGAAGUACUUUAAAGUUGAGGAUGAAAGAGAUGGUUUUUCCUAUUUGAUUGAGCCUAUGCCAAUGCUUGAAGAGGCAGAUAUCAACGUUCAUGAAAAUGUCGAGAAGCUUCUCGAGUCAAUCAGCUCUGUCAAACGUUUUUCCUUAAACGCAAAUUUCAAAAGAGGAGAACCGUCUGUAUAUCCGGAUGGUAUUGUCUUUAGUCGGCUUGAACAUCUGAAGCUGUGUAUAGACGACAACUAUUGGCCGAAAUUAAUUUUCCGGUUUCUCAAAGAUUCUCCCAAACUGCGAGACUUCUACAUCUAUGCCUUUUUUGAUCAGUAUGAUAAUUAUGAACCGAUGAGUUGGAAGAACAAGCCCGUUCCAAAAUGUUUGUUGAAGAGUCUUGAAAGUUUCAGGUUUGAAGGUUACCAAGGUACAUCAGGAGAGAGAAAUUUCUUGAGUUUUCUCUUCAAAAAUGCUCGUUGCUUGAAGUCUUCAUCAAUCUUGGAGUAUAAAGUCAUCAUGAAUCUCGGAGUACAACUGUACAACCAUGGUAUGAUCCGCGGUAAGAACUGAAUGUGGAACUUGCUUUCGAACGAAACAUGUACCAUGUGUGGUUUACUUCUACAUUUUGGUUUUAUGUUGUGUAACCUUUAGUUAUCCUACAAAUAUAUAUGUGCCUUGCCACUCAAGUCUAGUUUUAAAAGAAGUAAAUCCAACCAGCUCUAUUCUAUUGUAGAACAAACGUUUCCUUGUGCGAAAAGAUUGUCAAUUACAGAUUCUGAAAUUCG